GUGAAUGCAUUUAUAUUUUGAUGCUCACUAAAUAAAAUUCGCGUUACGCGUAAGUGUCUAAAAUGCUGUUAAAUAUUUAAAGCAUUGUGUAAUGCACAAAUGACAAAUAAUUGUAUUAUUCAGCAGAUGUAAAAAUUUAAACGUCCAGUAAUUGAACUUUAGUGCUGAAUGAUUCAUUAUGAGUUUAAAAGAAAGAAAUAUUACUGACUUAGAAACAGAUGUCAAUAUUUCAUAUAUAAUACUACCGAAAGAUGAACUAGAAAAUGAUCAGAAUAAAAGAUUCAUUCUUAUGAAACAGGAUAUAAACUUCAUUGAUCUACAAGAUUGUGAAAGAUAUCUUACUACAAAAAAAAAUGUCUACGAGAAAAAGUGCAUCUCUAGAUCGAAAAAAUAAGUAUUCUACUUUAACAGGAAGUGAAUCUAAAUUCGGUGGUAGUUCAUUAAAGUCACAUGUUUGUCGGAACAGGCACCGUUAUCCGACUGUUGACAAAAAAAAUAGGUUUUCAACAAUAUGUGGAGCUGAUGUGAGAAGAAGUCUGUCAUUUAAAGAAUGUCCUUUAGUAAAUGGUUUGGAUUUUAGUCUUGCACCUUGGCGUGGAAUAAAAUUCGCUUGUUUAAGGGUGCUGCAUUUAUACUGCAAAGUUUUUGAUCAGUUUGAACUCUUUGAGCUGAUAGUAAGGAAGAAUUUCACAAUUUGUAAAUGUCAACAGGACGUACACGAUGUACGUUACGAAGAUUGGGUGUCAAUUAUAGCUAAACUGGAACUUAGAGCUGGUGAUUGUGCAACUUUCAUCCAAUUUGAUCCGCUCGAAAAUAAUCUAACUUGGGCGCCUCCAGGAUUAUCGUCACUUAAGGUAGAUGAAUACUUUUCAAUGCUACCAAAAAUAUCAAUACCGAAGAUUGGAACUCCAGGUGAACGAUUUAGAGAUCGCCAACUAGCAAUUCAGUUACCAAAACAGGAUUUGGCUAGAGUAUACUGUAACUUCGUAGAUCCACAAAGUUAUACAAAUGCAGAUGAUUUCAUAUCUGCAAGAAAUGAAAUAGCUUUAGAUGUUGGAACAGUACGAAAAGUGUUGGAAAAUAAUCUUUUUUGUGGAUGUUGUAACGAACUUCUGGAACAGAAUAGCUUGGUUGUUUCGGCUAAUAAACUAAAUCUGUAUCAUCCCACGUGUUUUCGAUGUGCACAUUGCAAGGAAUUGCUAAUUGAUCUUGCGUACUGUGUAUUUGAUAACACUCUUUAUUGUGAAAGACAUUAUGCUGAAAAACUGAAGCCAAGGUGCUCUGCUUGUGAUGAGUUGAUUUUCAGUGAUGAUUAUACGAAGGCAAUGAAUAAAGACUGGCAUAGUGGACACUUUUGCUGCUGGCAAUGCGAUGAAUCACUAACAGGACAACGAUAUGUCUUAAGAGAUGAACAUCCUUACUGCAUAAAGUGUUACGAAAGCGUUUUUGCAAACGGUUGCGAGGAAUGUAACAAGAUUAUUGGAAUUGAUUCAAAGGAUCUCUCUUAUAAGGAUAAACAUUGGCAUGAAGCAUGCUUUUUGUGUAAUAAGUGCAGAGUAUCCUUGGUUGAUAAGCAAUUUGGAAGCAAGGUAGAUAAAAUCUAUUGCGGAAACUGUUAUGAUGCCCAAUUUGCUAGUCGCUGCGAUGGCUGCGGUGAAAUCUUUAGAGCUGGUACUAAGAAAAUGGAAUAUAAGACACGUCAGUGGCAUGAGAAAUGCUUUUGCUGUGUUGUGUGCAAGAAUCCCAUUGGUACAAAGAGUUUUAUUCCACGUGAACAGGAAAUCUACUGCGCUGGGUGUUAUGAAGACAAAUUUGCCACUCGAUGUGUUAAAUGCAAUAAGAUUAUUACUGCUGGUGGCGUGACAUACAAGAACGAACCAUGGCAUAGAGACUGCUUUACAUGCAGUCAUUGCAACAAUUCCUUAGCAGGUCAGCGAUUUACAUCUCGAGACGAUAAACCAUAUUGCGCUGAAUGCUUUGGUGAACUCUUUGCUAAAAGAUGUACAGCAUGCAGUAAACCAAUUACAGGAAUUGGUGGAACACGUUUUAUUUCCUUUGAAGAUAGACAUUGGCACAACGAUUGUUUCAUUUGUGCAGGAUGUAAUACUUCUUUGGUUGGUCGUGGAUUUAUCACCGAUGCAGAAGACAUUAUUUGUCCAGAAUGUGCUAAACAGAAAUUAAUGUAAAUCAUUCACUUUAAUUGAUGUAUAAAAUGCAGAUACGCGUAACAUAAAAUAAAUUCAUACCCUCACAGGAACCGAAUAUUUCUCAAAAUAUUGUCAUACAAUUUUGCCAUAAGAUUGCUUUUGUAAGUUUUUUGUAAUAUUGUAUGGCAAUAUGGUAAAAACAUUGUAUUGCUAUAUUGGUGUAAAAUUGCAUCACAAAGUUAUUGCAAUUUUACAGCCUUCCUUUGAAAACAAUAAAAAUGAUAACAAAAUCAUUACAAAAAAUUUAAUUUCAUUUAAUUAGUUUAAAAAAUAUUUAAACAAUUAAAUGUUUAAAUUUAUUUUUGGUAACAUUUUUGUUGCUAUGAACAAAUUACAAGGAGAUAAACAAAGAAAACAUUAAAGAAAAAUAUUGACAAAUAGUAAGGUGUAAAAAGUGCUGCAAUAUUGCAGCAGUAUUUAUGCAAAAUAACAUACUUUGUGAAUUAAAGUGAAAUGAUCUCAUAUAUAUGGAACUUGCGCAACAAUUUUAUUAAAAAAAUUUUAAAGCAUGUUUGAAAAAAUAAAUCGCUCAUAGUAACCUAAAAUUACGUAUGCUUUAGUCUUUUUAAAAAAGAAAUACAAAUUUCACAAUAGUUCUGCUCACAUAUUCCUUUACUUAACGAGAACUUUCUUGGGAAGUUAAAUACGGAAAGACGCUCGUAAAACCAAUUUUUAAUUAUAAAGUUGUAUAGCGAUAUUUUGCAUUAUUUUUUAAAUACAGAAAAAAAGAAGAUUCUGAACAAUAAAAAAGAUAUUUAUAUAAUCAGUAUAAAGUAAACUACACUAUUUUUAUUAAAAAUAAAAAAAUUUGGUGACUUUCAUUAACCUUUUAUGUCAUAGUGUUUAAUAAAUUUAUCCAUGACAGAUUUUUGUUUUUAAACAUAAUUUUCUUGCUCAUAUCAUGAUUUUUAAAAUAUUUCUUGUAUUUUAAAUUUAAUUGUAGAUUAUAAUUAUAGACAACAAAUUUGAAGUAGUCUUCAAAAAAAGGUUUAUAAAAGUCAAAAUUUUUUACACGUUUAAAAAUGAUAUUUAUGUUUUUAUUAAUAAUAAAGAUUCAAAUAGUAAUAGGAAAACUGUUUUCUGGUUUAUUAAAAAUAUGUGCCUCAAAGGAUUAACUAACUUUUGAAGUGUCACAAAAUUAUAUAUGUUUCUAGAUUUUAAUGCUUCGUUACCAUUUAUUACACUGCUUUUGAAUUUGAUGAAAUAUGCUAUUUUUAUUCGCAUGUUAAUAUGUAGUUAAAAUUUUAUGAAGUUAAAAAUGACAAAUUAUAAAGUGAAUAAAAUUUGCAAACUGAAAUUUAAGUAGUGAUGCUAUAUGCAUUUUUUUCUGCAGCACAAAUAAUAUGUACUUUAUUAUUGUUCUAGAGAAUUUAUUUUGAUUGAGAUGACAAGUAUGAAAAAUUAUGCAAAGUUAAAAGUUUAUUUAUGCUUUGACUCAAAAUUUGUAAUUUUUCUGUCUAAAUGUUUAUUACCUAAGAGAAUUUAAUAAAUAAAGUCUAAUUAAAUUAUUACGCUCAUAAUUAAUAAUAAUUGAAUUAAACAGCUUGUGCGUAUACUAUACUUGUAAUUGACAGACUAUUAAAUAAAUUAUUAUAUUAAAACUCUUA